AUGGACUUCACGAAGAAGCGCAAAACUGAGCUGAACGGCACCGUAUCACUAUCUCCAACUUCCCAAUCGAGUUCUCUAACCUCAGAAGACGCCCGCAAGCUCCUCCAACCCUUGACCCAGGACCAGCUCAUCGACAUCCUCCAAAACGCCGUCGUUCGCCACUCCGACGUCCUCGACUCCGUCCGCUCCGUCACCGACAAAGACUCUACCCUCCGGAAACUCUUCAUCCGCGGCCUAGGCGCUGACACCACCUCCGACUCCCUCCGCUCUCUCUUCUCCGCCUUCGGCGACCUCGAUGAGGCCAUCGUAAUUCCCGACAAGGCCACCGGAAAAUCCAAAGGCUACGGCUUCGUCACGUUCAAGCACGCCGACUCGGCCCUUCUCGCUCUCAAAGAACCGAGCAAGAAAAUCGAUGGUAGAGUCACUGUGACGCAAUUCGCCGCCGCCGGCUUGACGGCGUCGUUUAGCAACAGCAACUCUAACGCCGCCGAUGUCUCCGCCAGGAAGAUUUACGUGGGAAGCGUACCGUUUGAUAUCUCUUCGGAGAGACUGUUGUCGACUUUCUCGGCCUACGGAGAGAUUGAGGAAGGACCGCUAGGGUUCGAUAAGGCCACCGGAAAAUCAAAGGGAUUUGCUUUCUUUGUGUACAAGACCGAGGAGGGUGCCAGGGCUGCACUUGUUGAACCCAUAAAGAACAUCGACGGUCAUCAGGUGGCUUGCAAAUUGGCGGUGGACAACAAGAAGAGCAAACCUGGAGGGGCCCAAGCAGCUCCUGUUGAUAACUCCGGCGUCCCUCCACCGCAAUCUACGAUGCCACCGGGGUUGUAUCAGGGCCCGCCGGCGCCGCAUCAGCAGGGUCCAUAUUCCGGUUAUCCUGGCGGGCAUCAGCCUUUGCCUGGGCUGCCUGGUAAUAGUUUCGGUGCUAGGUAUAAUGCCAAUUUGGGAGGUGCAUAUGGUUUGCCGCCUCCAGGUGAAUUCACAGCUCGGUUGCCGCCAAGUUCUAUAGGAAUGGGUCAUGGAGGGUAUUCGGAUGGUCCACAAUAUGGUUUAGGAGCAUCAAUGGGGCUUCCUUCUCAGCAUCAGCAGCCUCCUCCUGUACCUAGAGUCCCGCCUGGUGGACUUUACCAGGGCAUGCCACCAUACUACUGA